GAAAAACGAAUGAAACGAGUGCUGCGCGAGUGUGCGACCAGCUCAGUAGCUCUCUCUUCUCUUCUCCAAAUAUCUCCUUCUGCGCGACCCACGUCCUUGAGUCUCCACACCUGCGAGGCUGCGACACCCACGUUCCUCCCAAGUCUCACCACCGUGAAGCCUUCCUUCGAAUCCCAACGCCGAAGCCUUCCUCUUCAGGCCAGCACGCCACCCUCUGACCCAGCAGGCCAGCAACACGCCACCACCCACUGACUCAACAGGGCAGAGCACCACGCCAGUGAGACGCCACGAACUGGCAGCGUUUUUGGGUUCUGAGUUAGGAGUUGCUUGUGAGAUAUGAGUCUGAUAUCUCAAAAUGCUCGCACUAAAGCUAAGAAGACCCAAAGGGAGGAGGACAUCAAAGAACCUCCCAAUCAUGAAGAGGUUGAGGAUGGGAAAGAUUCUGAUGAUGAAGCUCUGAAGGCAAAGAAGAGGAAGCGAGAACAGUCAGAAAUGCAACAAGUGAGAGAAAUGAAAAAGCUGGAAAGCUUUUUGUUUGGCUCUCUGUAUUCCCCUGUUGAAUUUGGAAAGGAGGAUAAUGAAGUAGAAAUUGGGGAUAAAAAGAGCUCGGAUUUGUUUUUUACUGACCGUUCUGCAAAUAAUGUGCUUUCUGUUUAUAAGGAAGAUGCUGACAUUUCAGAGGAAAGUGAUGAUGAUAGGGCUGCCGUGCAGAGAAAACCUGUGUGGGUGGAUGAUGAAGAAGAAAAGGCCACUAUUAACAUAGUAAAUGUUAACAGGUUAAGGAAGUUGAGGAAGGAAGAGGAUGAGGAUUUGAUUUCUGGGUCAGAGUAUGUGUCAAGAUUGAGGGCUCAGCAUGUAAAGCUGAACCCAGGAACUGAUUGGGCACAGAUUGAUUCGAGGUCCAAAAUAGAUAGAUCUUCUGAUGAUGAGUCAGAUGAAGAAAAUGAAGCUGCAUUGAACCAAGGUAACAAGGAUAUGGAUGAUAUUCUGAGAACAAAUGAAGACCUGGUUGUGAAGAGUAGCUCGAAACUACUGCCCGGACAUGUUGAAUACUCAAAGCUAGUUGAUGCUAAUAUACAGGAUCCAUCUAAUGGCCCAAUAAAUUCUGUUCAGUUCCAUAGAAAUGCUCAGCUCCUUCUUGCUACAGGAUUGGACAGAAAGCUUAGAUUUUUUCAAAUUGAUGGCAAACGUAACACCAAGAUUCAAAGCAUCUUCCUUGAAGAUUGCCCCAUUCGGAAAGCUUCUUUCUUGCCAGAUGGGUCUCAGGUUAUCUUAUCGGGAAGACGAAAGUUUUUCUAUAGUUUUGAUUUGGUUAAGGCUAAGGUUGAUAAAGUAGGUCCUUUAGUUGGUAGGGAAGAGAAAAGUUUGGAAAAUUUUGAGGUCUCGCCUGAUUCUAAAUUAGUAGCUUUUGUAGGUAAUGAGGGUUACAUUUUAUUAGUUUCGACAAAAACAAAGCAAUUGGUUAGUACCUUAAAGAUGAAUGGAACAGUCCGAUCCUUAGCUUUUGCAGAAGAUGGACAACAGUUGUUGAGCGGUGGCGGUGAUGGCCAGGUUUACCACUGGGAUCUGAGAACAAUGACUUGCAUGCAUAAAGGCGUAGAUGAAGGCUGCAUAAACAGCACAGCUCUUAGUACUUCUCCAGGUGGGAAACUUUUCGCAGCUGGUUCAGACAGCGGAAUUGUGAAUAUUUACAAUAGAGAAGAAUUCCUCGGGGGCAAGAGGAAGCCUAUCAAGACCAUUGAGAAUUUGACCACUAAAGUAGAUUUUAUGAAAUUCAAUCACGACUCUCAAAUAUUAGCAAUCUGUUCAGGCAUGAAAAAGAGCAGUUUGAAAUUGAUACAUAUCCCGUCAUAUACUGUGUUUUCCAACUGGCCGCCGCCGAAUGCAAGCCUGAGUUACCCCCGCUGUCUUGAUUUUAGUCCAGGUGGUGGUUUCAUGGCUGUAGGAAACUCUGCAGGAAAGGUGUUAUUGUACAAGUUGCACCAUUACCAGCAUGCAUAAAAUCAAAUUUGGAAGCUCUCUCAAGGUUUGAGAGUAAAUUUUUGUAUUGUUAUUUGUUGUCCAGGCAGGUUUCUGAACUCAGGUUAUUAUUGCAUUUUUGUCAUAAACUAAUGAAGCAUCAUAUGUGUUUGUAUGCAAGCUAUAGAAGGAGAAAACUAGCUUCAAGUCUUUUAUUGAUUGUUUGACAUUAGCUAUAUUAACUACAUUGCUUUAUCAAUGUUAUAGAUACCUAGAUGAGCUGUUAUGUUAUA